AUGAAUUCAACUGAGAUGGUCAUGGGCAAUAAUUCGGAAAAGAUUCACGCUGCCCCUCUUCUUCUUUCGCCAUUUUUGCUUUGGAGCGAGUAUUUUUGUUUUUCAAAGUCCAAUGGAGGCUCUUCUUCCCAGCCCUUCGAUCAUCAUCAAACAGCGUCCAGCGCCUCAAAGUUCCUCUCCAACCUUCCCUCCCGCGGCCACAUCUCCUCCGCCUUCAUCUCCUCCAAUCUGGGAGGAAUGAGACUUUAUAUUUGUGAGCACAACACGUCUCCUCCAGAGAGCCAGCAUAUAAAGAAAAACCAACAAAACAUACUUAUUAGAUCACUCAUGCUUAACGACAAGAAGGGAGAUUCCAGUUCAAAGGAUGUGAAAGUUGCAGCUGAGGGUUCUAGAAAAAGGGCCGCUGAAAAAAUUACAGAUAGCAAGGCUUCUACAAAGAAAGUCAAUACACAAAGUAGUUCUCGAUCGGAGGGAUCAAGCAGCCGUGCAGCUGAGAGGGACUAUCAUAGUUUGACUGUGGAGAGACUUCGUGCCCUUCUUAAGGAAAGAAGACUCUCACCCAAAGGAAAAAAGGAUGAACUGAUAGCACGAUUGAAAUGUGGCAAUGAUUUGGCUCAUAAGUUGGAUUGAUCCUUCAACUCUCUCAAAUGUAUAAAGAGCAGGCAGAGCAGAAGCAGGCCAUUAUGUUAUGUUGUUUUUUGUGCAACUUAGUGAAGCGUCUGAUAUAGAGAAUAGUACCCAUUUCUUUCUUUUUUAAGACAAUUAGAAUAUGAUUAGAGAAGAGGAUUAAAUCAGAACCAUUAUUUUUUGGUUGUAAUAUUUGUGUAAUUACUAUAAGUUUACAAAAAUGGAUUUAAUUUUGCUUGC